AUGAAGAAUCAAAGGGAGCUCUUCAAGGAAGCGGCGGAGUACUUCCAAAGAGACUCAGAGAAACUGGACUUGAGUAAGACCCCCGAUCCAACGCAUCAAGCAGACUCCGCGCUUCUUCGUGAGAUUUUCGUGAAACUUUCGCGUUCAGGAGCGGAGCAAGCGGGACGUCUGCUAGAUUUUGCGGCAAAGCAGCUCAGAAAGUGCACGGCCGAGCAAGCAGCUUCGUUGAUCACAGAAGGCGCAGCAAGUGUCACUCUGAGAGCAUUGGGCCUGACUGUCCCCAAAGUCAGCUUGGAAGCUGGAGCGAAGAAGAAACUUUCGGCCGAAAGAUCCGCGAUCGUCCGACGUGCGCUCGACGUUCUUGGGAGUUUGUUCCUGACGGUAGACAAAAGGAAGAAGCCAUCUCUGCAAGGACCGUUCCUUACAACAUCCGUGGGACUUUUGGAGUGGACCUCUGCUGUGAAACUUCUGGACCGAAACGCAGGCUUCGUGGGGCUGGACGAGAAGCUCGAGUCCUAUGUCUACAACUCCGUCUUAGCUUUGCUCAAGGAAACGGAGAUUUGGGACCGGAGGAAGCUGCCAGAGCGGAUGCAGAUGCACUACGUAGACCUGGCCGUCUCUGCCAUCAAGCUGGACCCGUUCUCCGACACGGCGUCGAUCGCCUGGGCCAACCUCACCAGCUUGAAAAGCUCUGCGUGCUAUUUCAGAUCUUCCAGCGUGACGAUCACGAGCGAGUGUCUGUGGCACCCCGGAAGCGAGCCGCUGGACCCCGCCUUGGAAUCCCCACGAAUUGGUGCGGUCUGUAUGCAGAAUGCCGGGCGAAUUUUCUACGAGCGGGGCCUUCUAAGCCUAGGUCUUGACAAGCUUCAACACGUCCUGCAGAGCUACUCCAUUCUCUUCGGCAUCCCUCGAUGCGUCUUGUCCGUCUUGCAAGCCUGCUGCCUCGCUGCUCCCAUCAAAAAAGCGCUCCUCCCAAAGCUCGAGAUAGUCAUCCAGACACUCGACUCAGUGCGCGACACCAUGAUAGCAGCUUUCGGAGCUUUCGGGCCCUUCGACGGACCUCCGCUGAGGGACUACAUCGGCACAACCGGGGAGGAAAUCCUCAAUGAAGCGAUGUGCAACGUUUCCUCGAUCUUGGACGCGUUUCUAGAAACGCUCGAUGACCCAGCCACCGAGCCAAAGCUCCGCAGGCAGGUCCUGCUCCGAAGCGCCCGGGCCAACGGCCCCGCCCUAUGUGCCAAGGUGCUCCGGGACGUUCUCACUUUCCAGGCUGCGCUGCCCGACAAGGCGGCGGAGCAGCAGUGGGUACCAGCGACGCAGAGAGUGGUGCGGCGUCUCUGGGAGGUACAGGCGCUCGAGUUUGGACUCAAGGCCUGCAGCAAUCCGGGGUGCGAAGACAAGCUCGUCGAAGAGAGCAAGGGGACUUUCCAAAGGAAGAUCCGGUAA